GCCUGAAAAACUGCUGGGCGAUUUUAAAAUAAGCCUCUAAUUUUCUGGAAAUGCUGGAAAAAUUCUGGGAAAAAAAGUGUCAACUCUUCUACUAAAUAAUAGAUUUUUCAGCCUCUGUAGCAGAUAGAAAUGAAAUUCAAAAAGUAUUUGAGAGCUUAUACAAAUACUACAAAACGACGUAUCCGCUUUCCAGGCUUCAAUGGGUUAAUGUGCAGGUGUCUGAAGGCUGUUAAAGAUGCUGAAGUGUCUCUGAUUCUCUCUGUGUGUUAUAAUGAGUGUUUCUGUGUCAGCAGCGCAACAUGAAGCGUAACGGGAGUCGCGGCUGUGUGACGAGAAAGACCAGAUUUGGAUCGAGAGAGCGGGACUGGCUGAAGGGGGACACCCAGCGGGGCUGUGUGUGUCUGUAUGGGGGCACGGUGGACCCCCAGCCCCCGGCCUCGGGCCCCCAGGCCUCCUCCACCCCCCAGACAGACCUGCAGCUGGUGCUGUGCUCCACCACCACCACAGUGGAGGAGCUGUGUGCUCAGAGGGACGGAAAGGGACUCUAUGUUCAGCUGCACGGAGACCUCGUCAGGAGGCUGGACCCCUCUGAGCGUCCGCUCCACAUGUUGUACGACUACCUGGCAGCGAUGGGCUACGCUGAGCCCGUACGAGUCCAGCAAGAAGCCGCCAACUCAGACCUCAGCUGUUUGAUCCGGUUCUACAGUGAGCGUCCAGUGAAUGCAGACCAGCAGGAGCGGACCCUGCUGAAAGGAGUUUUCAGCGUCAGGAAGGGAAAGACGCAGCUGCAUAAGUGGGCAGAGCGGCAGGUGAUCCUGUGUGGCACCUGCCUCAUCGUGGCCUCGGUCAAAGACAGCCUGACGGGGAAGAUGCACAUCCUGCCCCUGGUGGGGGGAAAGGUGGAGGAGGUGAAGCGGAGGCAGCACUGUCUGAUGUUCAGCUCGGCCGGAUCUCAGGCCCAGACCUACUUUGUCAACUUUGACACACUGGUGGACUACCAGAGAUGGCACCGGCAAGCUUCAAAAGUGGUGUCUCAGACCGUCAGCCUGGUGGACCUGUCCUGCUACAGUCUGGAAGCUGUGCCUGAGUAUCUGUUUUACAGUCAGGACAUCACCCACCUCAACCUGAGACACAACUUCAUGAGCCUGCAGGGCCCCGGAGGGCUGCUGCACCUGCCCAGGUUUUCUCAGCUGAAGAGCCUCAACUUGUCUCACAACCGUCUGGGUGUGUUCCCUGAGUGUGUGUGUGAGAUUCUCACCCUGACGGAGCUCAACCUCUCCUGUAAUAAUCUGCACACCGUCCCAGUACAGAUAGGAAAUCUUCAAAGCCUGCAGACGCUGUCUUUGGAUGGAAACCACCUCAGCUCCCUGCCUGAAGAGCUGGGUGGCCUGUCCCAGCUCAACAGCCUUGGGCUCUCUUUCAACAACUUCUCUCACAUCCCCGCUGUGCUGGAGAGGCUGAGUGCAGUGGACAAGCUGGCCAUGGCUGGGAACAGAGUGGAGAGUCUGGAGUUGUGUGUUCUGGCCAGAAUGAGCCACCUGAAAAACAUCGACCUCCGGCUGAACGGGCUCCUCUGGGUGAAGAGUGAGAGUCUGGAGGCAGUGAGCCAGGUGACCCAGCUGGACUUACGAGACAACCGGCUGGACUCAGUGGACCUGAGCUCCGUCUGCAACCUGGAGACUCUUCACGUCCAGCGCAACCAGCUGGGGAGCCUCACGCUCAGCGGCUUCACGCUGCGCAUGCUGCACGCCGCCAGCAACCGCCUUUCAACAGUCAACAUCUACCCCGUCCCCAACCAGCUGACACACCUGGACCUAUCACAGAACCUUUUGGAGUAUCUUCCCGACUGGGUGUGUGACUGCAGAAAAAUUGAGAUGCUGGACGUCACGCACAACCUGCUGUCUGAGCUUCCUUCCAGGCUGCUCAACAGCUUGAGUCUGAGAAAACUGCUGGCGGGGAACAACCGUCUGCAGAGAGUGCCUGACCUGCUGGACCACAUCCCUCUGGAAGCCCUGGACCUGCAGCACAACAAGCUAGCCGAGCUCCCCGACAGCCUCUUCUACAAGGCCUUAAACCUAAAAUACUUAAACGUGUCGGCCAACGCCCUGGAGAGCAUUCCUCCCAGCAGCCCGUCGGAGGAGAGCCUCAGCACGCUGCAGGAGCUCUACCUGACCAGGAACAACCUGAACGAGAACUGUGGUGCUCUGCUGGUUGGACACCAGAACCUUCGGGUUCUCCACAUCGCCUACAACCAGCUGCUCUCCUUCCCUGCCAGUAAGCUGAGUAAACUGGAGAUGCUGGAGGAGCUGAAUCUAAGUGGCAACAAGCUGAAGACGAUCCCGUCCACCGUGUCCAGCUGUAAGAGGCUUCACACGCUCAUCGCUCACUCCAACCACAUCACUGUCUUCCCAGAGAUCCUCAACCUGCCCGAGAUCAAGCUUGUAGAUCUGAGCUGUAAUGAGCUGACGGAGAUCCAGCUGCCCGACUCGCUGCCUGCCACUCUGCAGGAGCUCGACCUGACAGGAAACAGCAGCCUGAUGCUAGAACACAAAACCCUCAACCUCUUCAGUCACAUCACCACCUUGAAAUUAGACCAGAAAUCCACCACGACAACCGGUGACUCACAGAGUGCCUCCACCCCCUGGAACCACGGCUACUCUGAGAUGAGCGGCCAAAGAAACAAGUUGUGUGUGUCCGUGCUGGCUGUAGACCGGUUCGGUGACGGCGUGGAAGCAUGUUACGGCAUCUUCGACGGAGACCGCAAUGAGGAAGUGCCUCGGCUGCUGCAGUGCACCAUGGGAGAUGUGUUGUGCGAAGAACUGCAGCAUUCCAGUAUUGACAAUGUGUAUAUGUGCAACACUUUUCUCACCUCACACAGGAAACUGGGGAUGGCUGGCCAGAAACUGGGUGCUUCUGCCUUGCUGUGCUAUAUUCACCACGAGCCUUCAGAUCCAGGAGGCUCCUUCAGCCUCACCGUGGCCAACGUGGGAACCUGCCAGGCCGUGUUGUGUCGGGACGGCCGGCCUGUUCCUCUCUCCAAGGUUUACAGCCUAGAGAACUGCACUGAGGAGAUGGAGAGAGUUAAACUCAGUAAAGCCAUUAUUACAGAGGAUAACAAGGUGAGCGGGGUGACGUGCUGCUCUCGCCUGCUGGGCUGCUCUUAUCUCUCCCCCUGGGUGCUUCCCAAGCCCUGGGUGCACACCGAGCCGCUCUGCUCCCAGGACGAGUUCCUGAUCCUGGGGAACAGAUCGCUGUUUGAGCGCGUCUCCUACCAGGAGGCCGUGUGCACCGUCCAGGCCGUGCGGGAUCCCCGCGCCGCCGCCAAGAAGCUGUGUUCUCUCGCCCAGAGUUACGGCUGCAAGGACAACCUGGAGGCUGCGGUGGUGUCCCUGAACAUCGGAGAGGACAGCUGCACCUGUGAGCCCCCCGUCUCCACGGCCGAGCCGCGGGGGCCCCCUCCCACCCCCGUCCCUGUGCCUGUUACCGUGACGCCCGGCCCCACCGACCCACCACCGGUAACCCUCUCCUCCAGCAGCGGCGUGGUCUCCGAGUUCAACAGCGAGACGUCGGCCUCGGAGGUGGGCAGCGAGGCGGGGUCCACCGCUUCGGACGAGCACCCGUCCUCCGCCCCCGCGGCCCGGCCGGAGAGACGCUGCAGCCUGCACCCUGCUACCACGCUGUGUGGCAUCAUGGUGCCGGGCUCCGUCGGGGCGGUAACCCACCCGGGGUUGUUCCAGCGGCAACCUUCUUCCGCCACGUUCUCCAGCAACCACUCCGACAACGGCCUGGACAGCGACGACGAAGCUCCGCUGGAGGGGGUCAUCUCCAACGGCAGCAAGCUAGAGGUGGAGGUAGACAUUCACUGCUGUGCUUUCCAGCUACGAUCAGGGGCCCCCGAGAGCCCCAAAGACUUGGACCUUGAUAAGCGAGGCUCCGACUAUCCCAACGGGAAGAUGCGCCGACAGAACAGCGUGGUGGUGUCGGCCACUAACGGCUGCCUGCUGGCGGUGUGUGGGAGGGAGAUCGCAGACCUCAAGAAGUCUCCGUCCACGUCCAGUUUGUUCGGGAAGAAACUGUCCAACGGCUCCGUGGUGGCCCCCGAGGACAGCCACAACCUCAUCGAGGUGGCCCUGGAGGCUCCCAAAAAGAAAUCUGGCUACUUCACUGCCCCGGCACAGCAGGACCCCGAGGACCAGCUCAUCGUGCCUCCCAGUCUGGAGCAGGAGGUCCGGGAGCAGCUCAGAGGCCAGAGCCCUCUAGUCUCAGGCCCGCCUUUACCCUCCAUACCCCCGUCCUUAAAAGACCCCGUGUGGGACCACCCACACCCCCCUGCGUUCCCCUCCAACCUGCUCCCCUGCCCGGGCCCCGCCCCCAUCCUGCAGCAGGAAGUCUAUGAUACUGCCCUCUAGAGGACCGGGGUUGUUGUUCUGGAGUUCUGUGAUCGUGCCAUUCCAGGGAAGAAGAGGAGACUUUUCUCAUACGAGGGGAUAAUUCCAAUUCAAGUUGCCAUUCAGAACCUGUGGGACCUCGAUAGUCACUAAGUGAUGCUACGCCAUUAAUGUGAGGUAAAAAAAAAGAAAAGAAAAAAAGAAGAAGAGAAGGGUUUCUGUGCACGUGUGUGUGAGUAUCCAAGAAAACAGGGGCGACCAAAAAUCCCAAUUCAUAACAUGACGUUGUGAACAGGAUGGCUGGCUGUUAUAGACCAAAACAAGCCUGACUAGAAAUGUGUUCAAACAUGUCAGCAACAUUUCCCUUUACUUGGAAAGCAAGCGAGCAAUCUAGAGGGUUUGAUGAGUGGAGAUAGUGUUCAGAUCUCCUCUCCAGGGGCUCCGUGGUCUCUCACAGCGUGGAGAGAAGGAAGCCCUGUGACUGAAACUUGAAAAAGUGCCUACUGCAGACGAGUCAGCCUCGAGCUCCCCACGUACCCGUCCAGGCCGUGUUGGGGGACGUGAGCCUGGAGGAGGGACGGCGUCUCCAAGAGACCGACUGGCACCGCUUCUGCUUCUCCUCCUCUUCCUGUGGCUUACAAAGAAAAAUCAGACAGUAGAAAAGCUUGAGAGGCACAUAGAGACAAAACAACUUGGGUUUUAUUUUUAACAUUCCCACAGAAUAUGUAUGGAAUCUUCUAUAUAGGAUAAAUUAAUUCUAUAUACAGUGUUUUAGGACAACAACACUCACAACUAGCAGCCAAACUGUGUGCGUGAAGCUGCUGACGCCCAGAUUGAAAAGCGUCGCUUUUUAGAGCAAAAAUAAUAUCAAAGUCAUUUAACUGUACAGAGCGGAUGUGUUGUAGAGUUCAAAAAUCCUUAUAGCAGUAUAAUCUGUGACAGUGCAUGAUCAAACGAUCUCCUUAAAAACCACAUUAGCAAAAUAAAAGUUUAAUUUAAAUUUAAAGUCAGAUUUACGGUCACAGCGUAGUGGACCCCAGGAUGUUUGGAUAUCAUUUUUAUUUUUAUUUAAACAAACCAGACAAGGCACAAAAGUGAAUUAUUACACAGUGUACUGUCAAGAAAUGAAGGCUAGAAGAAGUAUUUGUAAGUACUGUAAGACAUGGAUACACUUUGUUUGUGUGUCCAAACUUUGGAGGCUGCUACCCUUUUAAAUGUGGAAACAUUAAUUCAUGUCCUCGCAGGCAGAUUCACUUAUUGAAUUUUUCUUUUUCUUUUUUUUUACAUCUUAGCCAAUCUUUUUUCCAGCUUUGCUCUCUAAAACACUGCCCACACGAAGAAGAAUUUCAAAAUGUGUUAUUUUGGCCAUUAUAAACAGAACCAAACCGUAUUUUUUGAUAUUAUGCACAAUCUGGUCUGCAAAUGAUUUGGUUCUUAACAAGAUUUUUUCCAAAGUGUUGGAUAGUUUAUCUUUUAAGAGUUAAUUUCUUAUUUUAAGCUUUCAACAUGCUCAUUUCUAGAAUUAACAAUCUUAAAUCGAGAAAUCUUGUCAAGGUAAAUUAUCUGUCCAUGCAGCAAGAUAAUUCCCCUCAGAUUCAGUGUUUUUAUCUGGUUUUUAGACACACCUCCUUUUUUUGCAGUGUGCACACAAGAUGUCAUGAAGUUUGACACAGUAUGUGCAGAAAUUUGGGACUUCAAAACAAGUUGUCAUUCUAUAAUUUGAUGUACCGGUAGUUAAAUUUUUCCCUCUCACAUGAUGAAUUUACAACAUUUCCUGAUGAGGGAACAAUGCUUCUGUUGA